UUGUCCUGUCUCAGCCUCCCCAAGUGCUCGGAUUACGGGUAUGUACUGCCAGGCCCGGCUUCCUCCUUGCUUCUUGAUGAAUAAACCUAGACACAGACCUGUCCAGGAGGAGAUGUAUAGAGAUGUAAAGCACUGGUCUCUUUUUUCACAGAAUAUCCUCCCCUUUUCAUAGACAAGACCAGGGAAAUUCAACAAGCACUGAAAAUACCGUUGUGCUGCCAAAGCAGCACAACCAGAAGCCUAGGCCUGUGUGGCAUCCAGACAGCUCUUUGUGUCCCCUCUAGACAGCCCCCUCUUCAGGGCUGGGGCCGUCUGGCUGUGAGCUCCCAGGAGGCUGAGGGUGUGACCUCCCGCCCGCCCUCCCCAGCCUGGGGCUGGCUAUAAAGCUGGCUCAGCGCUGCCCCAUCUCUGGAGACACAGCCCGGCUCGAGACCCUCCUGGGACAGGCUACAGCCUCUCGUCCUCUGGACAGCACCAUGCGGCUUGCGGGGCUGUGCUGGGCGCUCUGGGUGCUGGCCCUGGCUGGCCCUGCGGAGGCCCUGACGGGGGAUCAGGUCUUGGGCAGCCUGCUGCGGCAGCUGGGGCUGCGCCGGGCGCCCGUCCUGCACAGGGCGGACGUGGAGGGGCUGGCUGUGCCUGUCCACGUGAGGGCCGAGUACGUGGCUCUGCUGCAGCGCAGCCGCGGGGACCGCUCCCGCGGGAAGAGGUUCAGCCAGAGCUUUCGCGCCCCUGCUGCUGCAGGUGUCGGUGCAGAGGGAGCUCCUGGGCGCGGGCGCAGGCGCGGGCGCCCACCGGCUGGUGCGCUUCGCGGCGCAGGGAGCGCGGGCGCGGGCCGAGCCCCAGCUGGAGUUGCACACGCUGGACCUGCAGGACUACGGAGCUCAAGGCGCCUGUGACCUCACGGCAGUGGAGCCCGGGGGCGCGCGCUGCUGCCGCCGCGAGACGUUCCUGGACCUGCAGGGGGCGCAGUGGGCAGAGAACUGGGUCCUGGAGCCUCCCGGCCUUCUAGUCUACGAGUGUGUGGGCAGCUGCCUGCAGCCCCCGGAGCCCCUGAGCUUCAAGUGGCCGUUUCUGGGGCCACGGCAGUGCAUUGCCUCUGAGACAGCUGCACUGCCCAUGAUCAUCAGCGUCAAGGAGGGAGGCAGGACACGCUCCCGGGUGGUCAGCCUGCCCAACAUGAGGGUGCAAAAGUGCAGCUGCGCCUGGGAGGGGGCGCCUGUGCCCAGGGUGCUUGAGCCAUAGGCGUCCUGUACAGCUGCUGACCUCUGACCAGACAAGGGCACAGAGCAGGUCUUAAUGUAGAUCUUGUUUGUUUGUUUGUUUUGUUUUUGAGACAGGUGCUUGCUGUAUACAUAGCUCAGGCUGGCUUGAACUUGCAGCCUGCCUGGCUCAGCCUUUUGAGUGCUGGGGUUACAGAUGUGUGCCACCGUGCCCAGAUUUAAUAUAGGUCUGAAUUUACACUUAGCAAGUUACCCUUCUCCCAAGUUAGUGCCCCUGUAUUACCUUGGCCCUGUGUUCUUCUGUUUCCCGUCCUUGUUGUCUCCCACCCACCCUAAGCACUUACAUUUCCUAUCUUGCAGCUCUGAUGUUUAGCUGCAGGAGGAACUCUUGGCUACUUAGCGGAGGAUCUGGCUGAGCGAUGGACAAAUUCUCAUGCAUGCUGAGGUUACCCCACUGUUCUAGAGAACUUGUCACCAGAGACCGUGGGCACUUUGGUGCUGCUUUUUAUGUUUAGUGAGAACAAGUGAAUGUAGAUGAUUGGAAGAGGCAAAAUAAAAGUGAUGUUUUACUCUGUU